AUGGCAACGAGCGCACUUCCGUUGUGUGUCCUCAGGGAUGCGUCCGGGCAGCUGCUGCAGGAACCAAGCAGCGGGUUCCGGUGUCUUUGCAGCAAUAGACUUAACAGCGAUGAUGGCGGGUAGACCGUCUGGCUGGAGCCGGGCGGCUAUUCUCCAGCUUGUUCUUGGUGUGAACCUGAUAGUGAUGCCACCCGCACAAGCCCGGAGUUUGCGCUUUGUUACCGUGUUGUACCGACAUGGAGAUCGUUCACCAGUGAAGACAUAUCCCAAGGACCCCUAUCAGGAAGAUGAUUGGCCUCAGGGUUUUGGGCAGCUCACCAAGGAGGGGAUGCUUCAGCACUGGGAGCUGGGCCAGGCUCUGCGGCAGCGCUACCAAGGCUUUCUAAACACCUCUUACCACCGGCAAGAAGUUUAUGUGCGAAGCACAGACUUUGAUCGCACCCUCAUGAGUGCUGAGGCCAACCUGGCCGGACUCUUCCCUCCCGACGGCAUGCAACGCUUCAACCCCAACAUCUCGUGGCAGCCUAUUCCUGUCCACACUGUGCCUGUCGCUGAGGACAGGCUGCUGAAGUUCCCAUUGGGCCCAUGUCCACGCUAUGAGCAGUUGCAGAAUGAGACCCGGCAGACACCAGAGUAUCAGAAUGCGAGUACCCAGAAUGCACAAUUUCUGGACAUGGUGGCCAAUGAAACAGGAUUGACUGACUUGACGCUGGAGACUGUCUGGAACGUCUAUGACACACUCUUCUGUGAGCAAACACAUGGGUUGGUCCUGCCGCCCUGGGCCUCCCUCGAGACCAUGCAGCGUCUGAGCCGGCUCAAGGACUUCAGCUUCCGCUUCCUCUUCGGGAUCUACCAGCAAGUGGAAAAGGCCCGGCUACAGGGGGGAGUCCUGCUGGCUCAGAUACGGAAGAACCUGACCUUGAUGGCAGCCACCUCCCAAUUCCCUAAACUGCUGGUUUACUCUGCGCAUGACACUACUCUGGUCGCUCUGCAAAUGGCGCUGGAUGUCUACAACGGGGAGCAAGCCCCUUACGCCUCCUGCCACAUCUUUGAACUUCACCAGGAAGAUAAUGGGAAUUUCUCAGUGGAGAUGUACUUCCGGAACGAGAGUCAUAAGGCCCCCUGGCCGCUGAUUCUGCCUGGCUGCCCUCACCGCUGCCCACUGCAGGACUUCCUUCGCCUCACAGAGUCUGUUGUGCCCAAGGACUGGCAGCAGGAAUGCCAGCUGACAAGCAGUUCUGCAGACACAGAAGUGAUCGUGGCCUUGGCCGUCUGUGGCUCCAUCCUCUUCCUUCUCAUAGUGCUGCUCCUCACCGUCCUCUUCCGGAUGCAGGCCCAGCCUCCUGGCUACCGCCACGUCGCAGAUGGAGAGGACCAUGCCUGACAACCACUCAGCCCGCUUCCUUCUGCCUCCUAAGGGGAGGUGGGCUGCUCCCCAGC